UUGACCCAUAUUUAAACACCUACUAAACCAACUCCAAAUACAAAAACAAAACUUCAAAGUUCAAUUCUCUAAUAAAAGUUUCAUUAAUUUUAUGGAUUGGAUUUGCAGUAGCAUCAAUAUAAUAUGGAAACUCUGCUUCUUAGGAAGCUUGCUUGGCUUCUUAGCUCUCCUAAUUUUUCUCGAUCAAAAAGGAAAAAUUAUAACCUUUUCUGCAACAAACACUGUGCAACAAUUCAGUUCAUAUCCUGAAUCACAGCCUCCUUCACAUACUUCAUCGUCCGAGGCUGCUGAUGGGUAUUCAGAGGCACCUGUGCCGAGCAUGAUCGGCAUGGCUCCCGUGCAGGACAACCCAUUAGUUGAUGCACCAGAGGCACCCCUGCCGAGCAUGAUUGGCCUGACUCCUGCGCAGGGCUACCCAUUAGUUUAUGCACCAGAGGCGCCUCUGCCGAGCAUGAUUGGCUUUGCUCCCGAGCAGGACAACCCAUUAGUUUAUGUACCAGAGGCGCCUCUGCCGAGCAUGAUUGGCUUGGCUCCCGAGCAGGACAACCCAUUAGUUUAUGUACCAGAGGCGCCUCUGCCGAGCAUGAUUGGCGUGGUUCCCGUGCAGGAGCACCCAUUUAUUGAUGCGUCAGUGGCACCUCUGCCGAGCCAGCGCAUGAUUUUUAUUAAUAAUGAUGCGGCCAAUUUGUCAAAUAUUCCUUUAAAAAGAGAGUUACCUAACCCAACAAACAUGUCUGGUGAUGAAAUAAAGUGCAAUAUGUUUGAUGGAAGAUGGGUUUACAAGCCCGAUGUAAGGCCCAUCUAUGAUUCAUUUAAGUGUCCUAUCAUUGAAGAGAAGAUGAGCUGCCAAAAGAAUGGAAGACCUGAUUUUGACUAUGAGAAAUGGAUUUGGGAAGCUAAAGAUUGUCAUAUACCAUUGUUUAAUGGAAAACAAAUGUUGGAUAGAUUAAGAAACAAGAGGAUGAUAAUAGUAGGAGACUCAUUAAACAGAAAUAUGUGGGAGUCUCUAGCUUGUCUUCUUUAUUCAUCAAUCCGGUCUUCUAGAAGAGUUGAAGUUCAAUCUAAAAACCCACGUUAUAAGGUCUUGAAAGCAAAGGAUUAUAAUGCAAUAAUAGAAUUUCAUUGGAGUCCAUUUUUGAUUGAAUAUGAUCCAAACCAUAAAAGUGGGAAGAAAGUUCUUAUUUUAGACAAGCUUUCAUCAAAUUCAAAGCUAUGGAAAGGAGCAGAUAUUAUGGUUUUCAAUUCAGCACAUUGGUGGAAGCACAGUGGAAAUUUGAAAAAAUGGGAUACAUUACUAUACAAUGGACAAAUGUUGGAGGGGAUUCCUUUAGAGCGAGUGUACGAGAUUGGGAUGAAAACAUGGGCACGAUGGAUCCACAAAAACGUCGACUCGAACAAAACAACCGUGUUCUUCCGAAGCGUUUCGGCACAACACAAUGGCAAGCCACAUUGCUACAACGUAACACAACCUAUAACGUCUUUAAGUAAUUCCACCUACAAAAACAAUUUUCCAAUGUCUUUGAUCAACAUUAUUGAAAAUAUAAUCAGUGGAAUGAGUAAACCACAAGUAAAAUACCUAAACAUUACAAAGUUAUCUGAGUAUAGAAUCGAUGCACAUCCAUCAUUGUAUAGAACAUGGGAAUGGAAAAUGUAUACCAAAAGUCAAAGCUUGAUUCGGAGUUUUACUGAUUGUAGUCAUUGGUGCUUACCAGGAUUGCCCGAUACUUGGAAUCGUUUGUUAUAUGUUGCUCUGUUUUUUGAUUUUUGAGGCUAUUUGUCUUGCUCUUACCAUUUUUAUAGGUUUUUGUUUAUCAUUAUUUGUUUCAUGUCAAAGAUACAAUGUACUCUACCCUUAUUCUUUGUUUAGUGGAUUAAUAUGCACAUUGUAGAACUAACUAGGUUUUUUCUUUGUUAAUAAUAGAAUAGAUAUUAUUGUAAAU